AGCCAGUUCAGCCAUAAAGAACAGACCUAUUGUGUACGUUCAAUAUGACGUUUCUCGCAAAAGCUGAAUUUUAUUGUAUGUACCUACUAGCCGACUUCUUGUCAAACUAUAUUUUGUCAUAAUCUGCAAUCACCUAAUUAUCUUUUUGAUCCAUACAACACGUGCAACGUCAAUUAAGGAUAAGGAAAAAUUGAUAUCGGAAUCAAGUUUAUCGGAACUCAACACGUGUGUCAACCAAGUCAUGGAUAGAGAAAAUGCAACAAUGUCGUGUACUACAAGUAGUCAGAAGGAGCUUCAAAAAAAGUACCUUACUUUUCAGCAAAGACUACAGACGUUUGAAAAUUGGCCCUUAACAUCUAUCAUCUCUCCACAACAAUUGGCUUCAGCAGGAUUUUACUAUCUGCAACAUAAAGAUAUGGUGGAAUGUCUAUAUUGCAAAGGUGUCUUCAUGAAUUGGAAACCAGGUGAUGAUCCAGAAAGUGAACAUAAGUUAUACUUCCCACAUUGUGAUUUUCUGAAACAAAAACAAGAAAAGGAUGAUACAGAAAAUGAGGUGGUUAAAUCAGAAAUCAAAAAUUUAUCAGGCUCAUCAAGAUAUGCGCCACCUAAGUAUCCACAAUAUGCAUUACAUGAAAGAAGAUUACAGACUUUUACAGAUUGGCCGAAUGAGGUUAAGCAAACUCCAGAGAUGUUAGCUGAGGCUGGAUUCUAUUAUGUUGGACCCGAGGACUUUGUUAGAUGUUUUUAUUGCGGUGGAGGGUUAAAUAGAUGGAAACAAGAAGAUAAUGUAUGGAAGGAACAUGCACAAUGGUUCUCAUAUUGUGGCUUUGUAAAUCUUGUACAGGGAUCUCAAUUCGUCAAACGUUGCGUAGAUAGUAGGACACCUUUACAUACUCUGAUUGCUAGUUGUAUGGGAUCAGAUUCUACAGAAGUUAACACCAUAAAUCCAGUUUCACUUAAUGUACCAACAACAAGUACAAAGGUAUCAGUUUUACAAUUUAGCGAGCCAGAUACAUUAACUGAAAGGCUAACACAUACUGAUUUAACAACGAAUGAAAUUGAAACUGUAUUAAAUACAGUACUCAUUAGUAGAGUAAAAGAAACUCUAAAGAGACGGCAGGAGCUUGGUGAACCUUAUAUGAACGUUGAACAAUUCAUAGAAGAUGUUCUAGCUGAUCAAACCGUGGAAAACACUAAGUUUGAUAGUAAUUCUCCGGAAUUAAUUUAUUUAUUGAAUCAACUUGUAACAGAAAUGGCUGAUAUUUCCACAAGUAAAAAUACACCAGAAUCUGAUGCAUUGUUGAAAAGCCAACUCAAGAAGAAGGAAAUGGAUAAUAAAUCAGAUAUCACAUUUUUAGAAGAGGAAAACAGAAAAUUGAAAGAAGAUCGUUUAUGCAAAAUUUGUAUGGAUUGUGCACUAGCUAUAGUAUUUUUACCUUGUGGACAUUUAGCAACAUGCUCUAAUUGUGCACCUAUUCUCACGAAUUGCCCUAUGUGUAGACAAAGGAUUCGUGGUUGUAUCCGCAUUUUUUUAUCUUAAAUCAAAUUAUAAAUAUAAAAUAGAUUUUCGAAAGAA